UGCAGGUUAGUGGUAGAAAGUACGGAUGGUCUGAAAUUAGCGCAGUAAAAGGAUAAAUAUGUAUUGCCCUUUCUGUGGAAUACGGUAUGACGUGCUUCCAAAGUUCUGCGGUUCAUGCGGAAAAAAUCUCGAGGUAUUAAAAGAGACACGACAGAAAACGCCCUUGUCAACGAACAUUACAGGGACAGGCGUGGGCUCAACACCUGCGCCCACUUUAAACCAGUUUUUGGAAUACCGAAAACAGAAAUGUAAGGAAAGAACGAACUUUUCCUUGGGCAAGAAAGGAGGAAGCAAACAUGAGGAGAAGAAAAUACAGAUUAAUGUCGGUAUAAUGUCUCUGCAGAGUCUAAUACCUAAAGGGCUUGAUUUUAUUGUGGACCCAUCUGAAGGAAGUGUAGUAGAGGUUAGUGGUCGAGGAAGUGUAGAAGCGAUCAUGCUCUCAGACUCGGAGGAUGAUCAUCCAGGUACUUCUGACCAUGUUGCGUCACAGAACCGGUGUUACAGAGAAUACAUGGCAGUGUAUGCACCUGUGAUUGCGGAAGAGGAUGAUGAUCUGAUGAUGACGACAGCACACUGUCUUGACCUCCCACAACCGAUAGAAAACACAGUCACUGCAACUGUCAUGUGUGUUUUCACUUUACUGUCUGUGACAGCUGUUAGGGAGGAUGAGUAUUUCUUGGCAGGGAAAAUGAUUGCAGUAUCAAUAGUGCAUGGAGGACCAGUGCCCCAUUUUCUUUCAAAAGAUGUGGUAAACUACAUUGUAGGCCAGCCCUCUUUCAGCGCCACUUUAAAAGAUGUCACGGAUGAGGGUGUAGUGAAAGUGCUGCAAGAGAUUCAGAAUGCAACUACUUUGGAGUCACUACAAGAACUAAUUUCGCAAAACAGCACCCUGCUCCAAACUGCUGGGUGUUUUCGAUGUGUGAAGAACAUUGAGGAGAAACAUACAAUUUUGGAAGAAUAUGUCAGGUGGUAUGUGAUUGACAGAAACCACAGUGUUAUUAAAAGAUUUAAGGAUGGACUUGCCACUCUGCAGUUUCUGACAGCACUUGAGCAGCAUCCCAGUGUUUUGUCUCCUUUCCUUUGCCACACUGAGAAGAAGCUGACAGCGACUGAUUUGGAAAACCUCUUCAAAGCAGAACACAGCCCAGUUGGUAGUAACCAGAGGCAAAAGGAAUCCAGGACGCUUUCCUUUUGGUCAGACUAUCUCCUCGACUGUGAAGAACACCAGACUGAAGUGCCAUUGGAGAAUGUGCUGAUGUUUGCUACUGGCCUAACAUCACUUCCACCUGCUGGAGUAGCACCACAACCAUGCAUUGUUUUUCUUGACAAUUCACCCUUCCCAAUGGCAAAUACAUGCACAAACACACUCAAGUUACCAAUCUUAGAGACAUACAGUCUUUUUCAGACUCAAAUGGAUUUUGGAAUCCAGAAUUCACCAGGUUUUGGAUGUAUUUAAGUAAACUUUACAUCCUCCGUA